CCCGACAACACAACCAGUAGCAAGAUAGCGCGCGCUCGAAACAAACGUCCCCAGACAUACAUUUACCGUUUUAUCAACAAAUAAAAAUCAUCACUAGUGCAAAUAGUCGGAAUCGGGAAAUAAUCGACUAUUUAGAAAAAAACGUGAUGUGCUUCUUAAUUUAAAAUUUGAAAGUGGAAGUGAAGUGUUCCGUUGUUGGUGCGAAAAAAAGUUUGGAUGUGAAAAACUUUUCUAAUCACAAAAAGGAUUGUAGCUACUUUACUACAGCAUUUGUUGACAAAACCAAUCGACGAACAACAAGUUAGAAACAUGGUAGUGACCACGUGUGGCCUAAGUAAAUAAAGUUGGUGCAAAAAUGGAUAUAGAUGAGAAGGUGUCGGGGCCCGGCGGGGCCUCGCAGAAGAACUGGUCGCACCCCAGUGCCAGCGAUGAGCUACCCUUGGACAUGAGGUUCAACCACGGUCACAUGGUGUCCAUGACCGUGUACAGUGUGCUGAUGCUGAUCUCAGCCACUGGGAACUUGACAGUACUAUCACAAUUGAUGAAGAGGAAACGGGCGGGGAGAGCCAGCAGGCUAGACGUACUACUGAUGCAUUUAGCGGUUGCUGAUCUUAUGGUGACAUUCCUGAUGAUGCCGCUGGAGAUCGCGUGGGCGGGCACCGUGCAGUGGAUGGCCGGCGACCUGAUGUGCCGGGUCAUGAUGUUCACCAGGACCUUCGGCCUGUACCUCUCCAGCUUCGUGCUCAUCUGUAUAGCUGUUGAUAGAUACUACGCCAUACUAAAGCCUUUGAACGUGACAUGGGAGGCGCGUGUGCGCAGGGCGCUGAUCAUCGCGUGGGUGUGCGCCGGCCUCGCCAGCCUGCCGCAGAGCUUCAUAUUCCAUGUCGAGGAGCAUCCCGAUGUUAAGGGAUACUACCAGUGCGUGUCGUACGGGUCGCUGCCGACGGAGUGCCACGAGUUCGCGUACUUCCUGGUGAACAUGAUCCUCAUGUACGUCAUCCCGCUGCUGUCCACGCUGUACUGCUCCUCCGCAGCACUGCUGGAGAUCAUCCGGAGAGCUAACACUUCUAAUGAUAAGAUGCGACGGAGCGGAGUGGGGAUACUCGGGCGGGCGCGAGCUCGGACACUCAAGAUGACGGUCACUAUAGUUCUAGUCUUUUUUACUUGUUGGUCACCCUACUACUGUUACUGUUUAUGGUACUGGAUCGACAAAGAAUCUCUGAAGAGCUUGGACCCGGCGAUCCAGAAGGCGAUGUGGUUGUUCUCGUGCACGAACUCGUGCGCAAACCCCAUCGUGUACGGCGUGUUCAACCGCAACCGGUGGUCGUGGCGCGCGGGACGGGUGAGUUACUUCAACGUCCGAUGUAGAAGUGGCAGUAUGAGACGUGGUUCAAGACUCCCAUACGGCGAAUCGAUGGAAAUAUCAGCAGCGACGCUUGCCAGGGCCAGGAACUCGAUGGGAAGCGAGCGCAAUGGCCGGCGGGACUCGUACAAUGCACAGAACGGGUCUCAGAAACAUUGGAACACGAUAAAUAACAAUCAUGUCGGCAACGGCAUGGUAUAGCCUCCAUUCGCCUUACAAAUACUAAAGAAAAUUCUUUUGACGGUGCUUGAAUUUCGAAAUUCGAAUUCGGAAUAAGAAUAGGACAUUCUGUUUUGUUUUUUUUUCUUUCGCGUGAUUUGGCGCCAUCUGUUUAUCUGUUCGUGUAGUAAUUUGACUUAUCCAAUCAUGCAAUCAAAAUAACAUUGAACAGUUACGUGGGUGGCACUUCACGUGACAAAUUGAC